AAAAAUAUGUGUGCACUGCCCAACGAUCUCAAAGAUUUCUAUAUGACAACUGAUGGUAUUUCAAUCCAAUGGUCUAUUGAAUUUGAUGGUUAGGAAAAUUGUUUUAAAAUUACGGGAACCACUGAGUAUUUUGAUAAAAUACAAAACAAUAGAUACUCCGAAAAUUGAAAGCAUUUUGAAAAAUUUAUUUCAAAAUGAAAUAAAUUAUUCAAAAUGCUUACCCUUAAAAAAAAAAAAUGCUUACCCUUUUUAAAUUGCUUACCCUUUUUUAUUUUUUAUUUAUUUUGAAAUAAAUUUUUCAAAAUGCUUUCAAUUUUCGGAGUAUCUAUUGUUUUGUAUUUGAGGAAAAUUGUUUUAAUUAGCAAUGUUAAUUAGUGUCCUAAGUCUAAGGAAAUCAUUUCUGACAAUAUUAGAAUUACUGUCAUUUGGUCAAUUAGCUGAAGAAAUUAAGCUAACUCACUGUAGUUCAGUAUACUUUAUGAUAUUGUCAAAAGGAUACGGGUAUCUAAAAUACAAAAGGAUAUACAAACCAUUGUUUAUUAUAUACAGGUGGAACAUUGCCUAUUGGUAAUAUGGAAAUCAAUUCAAUAUCAAGUGUUACUCCUAUAAAUCAAUCAAUUGUUGUUUCUGAUGAUAAACCGACAUUGUUAGAUAUUGAUGAUUUAUCCGACGAGGAAGAUUUAAGAGGUACACAUAGAGAGAGAUAAUUUGUUAUUUAUAUAUAUACACCCUAUCACAAAGUUUUGUCAGGUUUUUGUCACAAUCUGAGAAUAUGGAAUUAACCAAAUCAUACCUAAUUAAAGAAUGUGGUUGCUAGGACGAGGGUGUAUUAUGUCAAGAUGCAUUUGGAAAUUUUAAUUUCUUAUGUUUUCAAGGCAAUGUGAAGCCACACUUUGACGAAAAAAAUAAAUGUUUUGAGUUGGACUCCUGUCUUGGUUUUGCCAAAGUUUGUUUGGUUUAUAAAGACAUUGCAUCAGGUAUAGUGGUGGUGUUUUAUAUAAUAUUUGCAGCUCUAUCAUUUGUGAAUAGACUAUCAUUAGCUUGGCCUGCUUGGGUGUGGUCAAAUGUUAUUCCACUAAAUUCUAGAUCACCUGUGAUUGUUGCCACAAUGGUGGCUGUUUUGUAGUGGGGAGCAAUAGAGGUGGACCACAAGUUGAUGUACAGUAGGAUGAUGACAGCAUAUGGUAUAAUUCAAGACUUUGGUAAUGUAAUUUUUUUCUUCUUUUUGACAGUUGGUGUUACCGAUUCCAGCCCUGAAAUCUGGCUGCUAGAUCGUUCAUUGCGAUGGGCAUAUCUGGCGUCGUCAUUUCAAAAUUAUUUCCGUAUGUUGAUUGUUCAUCUUGGGUUACCUCUAUGGCAGUAUCGCUUUACUCAGGUUGGACUAAGUCCUGAGACCAAGGUACUGUAAGAUUUUUGAGUAAUUUAUAAAUUAGCCGAGGCUAGUUCGCUGUAUUCACAAUCCAAAACUUAGGAUAGAUGAUUCCAAUGGCGAAGCUAACCAUAGCAACUGAUAAUGCUAUGCAAAUUUUUAGUGCAAAUUUAUUAUUACAUAGCAUACUGUAGCAUGAUAGCAGGACCAGUUGCCGUGGCUAGCUUUGCCAUUGAUCAUGACUCUAUUGAUCAUUGAUGCAUUCGAGCCUAUUUAUAUGGAAGCUGGCCUAGCAAUUUUGUCGCUUUUCAGAAGUAAACAGUUCCAAGUCUUUUGAAUGCUUUCAUUCGAUCACAUUUUCCAGGAGGAGAAAAAUCGCCGACAGAAUUGCUAGACGUGUGAGCCAGCCUUAAGGUGGCUCCAUACACUUUUCAUCAUUGGGGGACUGGUACCUAAUCUUCAGUUCUCGCGCGAAAAUGUUAAAAAUAUAUGCAAAAAUAAAUACAACUUUUUCGGUAUAUUAAAUCCGAACUACAAGUCAUGUUUAUUUUGAUGUUUUGAGUCUUCCUUGUUCUCAUUUGUUCUCAAAGAACAAACUUCGUCCUGAUUUAGCUCUGAACAUUGAAUAACUAGUCUUUUUAGAAGACAUUUUAAGGUAAAAAAAUGCAAUGUUCAACUUUCAAACUCUUGUGAAAACUGGCGAUCGGCCCCGGACCGGCGAAAAGUUUUUACUCCAAUAUUUGGCGAUUUAUAAGUUCAUAUCCAGAGUUUUUUUGUACUUACAACUGGUAAAUGUAUUCAAAGUGUUACUAACAGCAAAGGAAUUCAGUGAAACAGCAUCGUGCGCCGGUUCAAACUGUUUUAACUUGUCAACAACAACAUGAAAACACACAAGUUACGACUGAAAACGAAUAUAAAACUAUGUAGAAAAGCCAAAAAGUUCAUAUACAUGUCACACAUAUCUUAUACCAAACGACCGACAAUCACCUGUUUUCUUGGCGUUAUCCCGAGUUAGCAUGAAAAACCAAAUAUAUUUGCAUUUCUAAGCAAGAAAACACAAUAUAUAUUUGAUAUUUCGACGAGACUAAAAACUUUUUUGUGCGUGUUUUUCUGGAGAUGCGCCUGCGAAAACAUGUACGCGCAUGUCAAUUCAUUGAUCUUGCAGAGUGUGAAAAACUUUGGCCGCGCGGAAUAAAACCGUGAUUAUUUCCAAAACGAGUUCGGUAAGGUACCCUGAAAAUUUGUACAUGAGUAGAUACAUGCUUCAAGAUUUCAUGAUGGAAAAAUAAAAAAAAAUUGUCGAAAUUUAAUUCUAAAGAAUUGAGUCGACAGAUUUUUUUUAAACUUCCCAGAAAUGUUUCUCGACACUAACGUAACUGAUUUAUUAAAAAAAAAGUUGGGGUCACCGAACUCAUUUUUUAAAAAAACUCGAAAAACUGCGAUAUUUUCGGCUAUUUAGUGUUGCCAGUAUUCGUUAUAGUUGUCAUGGAAACGCGACUUUUAUCAGAAUUCUUCUUGUCUGUGACACGUCUUACUAUGUGUUACAAUUAUAAGUAAAACUUAACCCUGUAAAAGCAUUUAAACAGAAAAUAUUCAACUUUUGCUCCUUUGGCUAAAAAGUGUAUUGAGCCACUUUAAGCGACAUGAAUGUGUCUUGUGUUUAUACAGUAUCAAUAUUAAUAAUCCUGCUUUUUAAUAGUUUUUAAAGUGCUUUUAUUUUUAGCAAUGGUUUAACUUAUACGCCCCGAGCAGAGUUGACGAAUGUGUGGAAGAACACGAAAACAAUACGAGUGAAGAAAACACUAAUACCAAACAAGAAGAACACUUGAAUCAACUUGAUACAAACCGCGUGUUCAAAGGAAAGUCAGAUACGAUGAAAACACAAACCAAACAAGGGAAGAAAAAGCAAGCAAGUAAUGCAAGGACAAAUACUUCCACAAGAUUUCAAGGAACAUCUGGCGCUAAGACUCAUCGAUAG